CACGAAACUCGCCUAAUUUCCAAGAAAACGGCAUGGGGCUCAAAUAAUUCUUCACCAAGAAGAUUGGGGUGCAAGAAGGCGCCGAUCCCCCAAAUCCAUUUCAACUUCCAGGAUUACGAUUUCCGGUAGGCGCCAUGGUUCUGGCGGCCGCUCCUACCACCAUAGGCCCCAGAAUCCGCUGCCGCUUCUCCUUCUUCUCCCCUCGAAAGCCUCUUCCUUUACCCACCACCACCGUCAAGAAAUUCUCCUCUUCCCCUCCUCCCCCAUUCCUUCUUCUCUCCGGCCACCGAGCCCUCAAACUCUCUCCUCUCAAAGCGUCCUCUUCCUCCUUCAAUGGCUUCGCUCACCCGCAGAAUAUUGGAACGAAAACCGGGAAUUUCGAUGCGGAGAGCAGCGAGACGGGGUUUCGUGAGAGGUUGGUGUCCGGUCUUGUGAUUCUUCGCUCCUUCUUGCCCGGUGGAAGCUGGUGGAAUCUUGAACUGGAAGAAGAAGAAGGAAGAGGUGGAGAGGAAGCAAAAAGUGAUAGAAAGAAGGGUGUGUCGGUGAUUGGUGCUCUUCGGCGAAUGUGGAUGCUGGUGGCCAACGAUAGAUGGGUUAUCUUUUUGGCGUUCACUUGCCUAAUGAUUGCUGCGCUUUCAGAGAUAUCGAUACCGCAUUUCUUAGCAGCAUCGAUCUUUUCUGCACAAAGUGGCGAAAGCAUGAUAUUCUAUAGAAAUGCAAGGCUGCUAGUGCUGUUGUGUUUUGCAUCUGGAAUAUGCAGUGGUUUACGAAGUUGCUGUUUUGGCAUUGCUAACAUGAUAUUGGUUAGGAGAAUGAGAGAAAAGCUCUAUGAUGCUCUCCUUCUUCAGGAUAUUUCCUUUUUCGACGAGGAAACAGUCGGUGAUUUGACUAGUAGACUUGGGGCAGAUUGUCAGCAAGUAUCUCGUGUCUUUGGCACUGAUCUUAAUAUGAUAGCACGCAAUGUAGUUCAGGGCACAGGUGCAUUAAUAUAUUUGUUUAUUUUAUCCUGGCCUCUUGCAUUGUCUACACUGGUGAUCUGCUCAGCCUUGGCAACAAUAAUGCUCAUUCAUGGCCAGUACCAGAAAAAAGCGGCAAAAUUAAGCCAAGAGCUUACUGCAUGCGCUAAUGAAGUUGCACAAGAGACAUUUUCUUUGGUGAGGACAGUCCGAGCAUAUGGAAUGGAGAAGCAUGAAUUUGGACGAUACAUAAAAUGGCUGGGGCUCCUGUCUAAUGUAUACUUGCGCCAAAGCAUGGCUUUUGGGUUUUGGAGUUCAAGCUUCAACUUUCUCUAUCAUUCAACCCAGGUUAUUGCUGUGCUUAUAGGAGGAAUAUCUAUCAUAUCUGGUCGUAUAACGGCAGAACAACUGACCAAGUUCAUACUAUACUCUGAGUGGUUGAUUUAUUCAACAUGGUGGGUGGGAGACAACUGGUCUUCGCUAAUGCAGUCCAUUGGAGCAAGCGAAAAGGUCUUUCUAUUAAUGGAUCUAUUACCUAGCAACCAGUUCUUAUCCCCAGGGCGGAGAUUACAAAAGCUGGAAGGGCAUGUAGACUUCGUCAAUAUAUCAUUUCGUUAUCCUUCAAGGUUAAUGGUACCUGUUUUGCGGCAAGUAAGUCUGUCAGUUCACCCAAAUGAAGUAGUUGCAAUUGCCGGUCUUAGUGGAAGUGGAAAAAGCACUCUUGUCAAUCUUCUUCUUCGUCUUUAUGAACCAACAGAUGGUCAGAUAUUAGUUGAUGGAGUACCUCUAGUAGAACUGGAUAUCAAAUGGCUAAGAGAGAGAAUUGGUUUCGUGGGACAGGAACCACGCCUUUUUCGCAUGGAUGUGAGUUCAAACAUAAAAUAUGGGUGCCCCAGGGAAGUCACUGAUGAAGAAGUGGAAUGGGCUGCGAAGCAGGCAAAUGCUCACGAGUUUAUUUUGUCUCUUCCGAAUGGUUAUGGUACCCUUGUUGAUGAUUCUCUUCUUAGUGGAGGCCAGAAGCAGCGGAUUGCUAUUGCCAGGGCUAUUCUUAGAGAACCCAACAUUUUGAUUCUCGAUGAAGCCACCAGUGCACUUGAUGCAGAGAGUGAACACUAUGUGAAGAGGGUUCUUCGUCUCGUUCAAAAUGGAUCCAAUUUGAGAAGAACUGUUAUCAUCAUAGCGCAUAGGUUAUCUACAAUACAAGCUGCUGACAGAAUAAUCGUAAUGGACAGGGGCAGAAUUGUUGAGAUGGGGGACCAUAUGGAGCUUAUUCAAAAAGAUGGCUUGUACGCACGACUAGCCAAACGGCAAACAGAUGCAUUUGCAUAGUUUUUGAAUUGAUGGAUGUUGGAAAAUUGAUUGCUAUUUGUUCCCCAAAUUUUAUCAGUGGAACAAUACAGCAAUUUGGGAUGAAGGCAUCAUCUGCAGAAUUCGAUCCUCAGAAUGGCACCCAUUCUUUUGUAGCUAAUUAUGAUGGAAUAUAAGCUCACAUUAUUAUGCAAAGGAAAUGGUUCCCCCAUUUUCUUUAGGAGGAGAGGCCAGGCUCCCCUUGUAACAUUCAUAAGAGACUAUUUUAUAUAAAUAUUUAAAUGGAAAAAUAUGACCCGGGUUUCUUUCA